UCGUUACAUAUAUAGAUGCUAUAUUUAAAUAACAUCGUUGGUACUUUAUUUAAUUUAAAAAAAGACAUUGAAUGGUGUUCGGAAGGGAUCAGUCUGUACAGGCAUUUCCUGAUUUUCGUACAUGGGCUGCGGACCCAGUCGACCAAUGACGGCAAAAGGUUCACUUCCGGUACGCUGGGAAUACCAGGAUGACGACACGGAUUCCGAUGAGUUUCCGGAGCGUAUCGGCACUGGAAGUCCGGGUCACAGAGGUGUCCACUGGGGCACCGGAAAAGAGGAGGUGCUGACGGAGUAUGGAUCCCUGUUGCCUAGCAACAUGGGGUCACGGGUCACUACCGCAAAGGGGUCGCGGAUACGAAGCGCCGCUACUAGGAUCGGUAGUGCGCUGACAGCCAUGACAGUAUCGACCAUGAUUAACGAAGCUGAAUGGAUGAUGGACGACGAUGACGAAGGUGAGUCUCUAACAGAGGAGGUGGAACUUCCGGGAGUUCGCGCGCCGUCCCUGUCGCUCUGGUACAACGAUAAUGACGUGGGGGACAUCCUUACUCAAGACGUGUAUGUUCCCAAGGUGGGCCUGGCGAAGAACACGUACUACUGCUGUCUGCAGUGGAACGCGGGAAUAAACGGGGGCGGGUAUUGCGGCAUUCAGGACCACCCUAGGGGACGUAACUACAUCUUCUCGCUCUGGGACCCGCCCGACCCCAAGUUGAGGACCAAACCCGUGUAUGUGGGCCCCGGGACAAUGUGUGAGCCAUUCGAGGGCGAGGGGGCGGGCCUCAAGUCGUGGAAUUUCUCGGUGGGCUGGGACCCUGACUGCUGGUACACCACCGUGCUGCGGCGCUGGGGUCACGACGAGCAUUCGUUCUUCGGCUUCUGGGUUAAACACCACAUGGAGCAGGACUGGACCCACAUCGUCACCCUAGAUUACCCGGUGGGCGACGUGUUCUUCGAGACGCUCAGUUGCUCCUUCCUAGAGGACUGGGAGGGUUGCGGGGAGUACGAGCGCCGCGUGCACUUCCAGAACGGCUACAAGCACACGCUCAAUGGCGGCUGGAUGCCCUUCAGUGCCGCGGCGUUCAGCGUUGUGCGCGAGAUUGCCAGCAAAGUGUACGAAGACAAAUACGACUGCGGGGUCUUAGAUGGCACUUUCUACUUACAGUCCGGUGGCGACACGAUGCAGACGGCGUCGGCGAUUGACGGAGGGACGCUGGAGCGGCGGAUGCCUUCGAAACCGGACAUAGUGCCCAUGUGCUGCUACCUGACGUCGGUAACCGAUACGGAAGUCACGUGGGAGAUCCCGAGUGGCGGCGUGCCGCAGUUUCAGUACAUCGUGUACGUGGACAGGCUCAUUUUCAAGCAGGAAGUGGACUCUGAGGCGCGGAUAUGUCGGUUCAGUAAGCCACCGAAGGAGCUGGUGGAAUUACUGGUAGAGGACAUUUAUGGGAGAAGCGUCAGAUCUAAGUUUCAAGUCAUGGUGGAAGAAAAGCGAACGAAAUUAAGAACGAAAAUGGACUUGUAUGUACCCAGUCAGACAAACUUGAGAGCUAAAAGAGUGUAAAAAAUAAAUUUUCGGAUAUACUUCUAUGCGUGUAUAAAAUUUGUUGGAAACUGUUUUGACUGGGAUCUGUGUACGAUGUGAACAUAUAGCUUAAACAGCAGCAUCGAUAAUAUUGUCAUGCAAUUUGAGUUAUGAUCCUUGGACUUUGAAGAUCAAAAAAUAUAUUUAAAGUUAUCAAUAUCGGUCAAGCUAAUGCUGUCUUUCUAUUGAUCCAAUCUACCGUAUUUUUUUCUUCUGGUUGUAUGCCUGUUUUUCUGUUUAAUACAGUUAUUUUACUUAA